CGCGCCGGGGCGGCGCUGGGCGGGCUCCUCCUCCUCGCCCUCCUCCCCGCCUUGCUCGGGCUCAGCCGCCGCGCGGCCGGGCUGCUCCUCCUUCCUCCCCCGGGCGCCCGCGGCGAUGUUCAACCGCGCUGUGAGCCGGCUGAGCAGGAAGCGGCCGCCGUCAGACAUCCAUGACAGUGAUGGUAGUUCCAGCAGCAGCCACCAGAGUCUCAAGAGCACUGCCAAGUGGGCGACCUCCCUGGAGAGUCUGCUGGAAGACCCCGAAGGCGUGAAGAGAUUCAGGGAAUUUUUGAAAAAGGAAUUCAGUGAAGAAAAUGUUUUGUUCUGGCUAGCGUGUGAAGAUUUUAAGAAAAUGCAAGAUAAAAAGCAGAUGCAGGAAAAGGCCAAGGAGAUCUACAUGACCUUUCUGUCCAACAAGGCCUCAUCUCAAGUCAACGUGGAGGGGCAAUCGCGGCUCAAUGAAAAGAUCUUGGAAGAACCACACCCUCUGAUGUUCCAGAAACUCCAGGACCAGAUCUUCAACCUUAUGAAGUACGACAGCUACAGUCGCUUCUUAAAGUCUGACUUGUUUUUAAAAUACAAGCGAACCGAGGAAGAGGAGGAAGACGAACCCGAUGCUCAAACUGCAGCUAAACGAGCUUCCAGAAUUUAUAAUACAUGAGCCCCCAAAAGCCAGGACUGUCACCCCCCCCCCCGAAGCAGAGGGGCUCGCUCUCAGGACUGUUCGGGGUUAUCAUUGCUUUGUUACGUGCAAGGACCAAAUGUACAAAACCCUUCGAUGGGAUGUGUGUAUUUUAUUAACUGCUUGACCAGUAAGUUUUGCAUGACGGCUAAUCUUACAUAAACAUAGCUUUGAGGUUUCGGUUCACACAACAAGCAGAGAUUGCUUCCACACUGGACACUUGGGACAUUUAAUAGCUUGAUUAAACUUCACGUGAGGCCACAAGGUGAAACCUAUAGCCACCUUUACCUUGUAAGUCUUUGCCCUGCUUCUGUGGCAAGGGGUUGUGUGUGUCCCCAGAUUCACUUGCAAAUUAAUUUUAAGCACAAAUUCAUGUGACAUCAGACUACUAGGGCUGUCAUCUUGUCAGUUGCCUUCUGAGUGAAAUACUUCUUGAGAGCCAGUUCAGUGCUGGACAAAGAAAAUGAGUCACUGAUAGCCUAAAGAUUUGGGGAGUAGCAUGUGAGCAGCGGCAAAGGGUUAUUAUUUCUUGUGCGUGGGCUGGUCCUGGUUUUGCUCGCAAUCCGUGACAUUUCAUGCCACACAGAUAAAUAGUUUGGCCCAACGGAAACAAGAUCUCACUCAACCAGGAAGGAAGAAAAGACAAAUGGGAAGUUGUUCGGGGUGGUGCCCUUGCCAACUCCAGGUGGCGGUGAAUAGGACCCGGGCAUAGGCGCGUGCUGAGCACAGAGCUGUUGGGGUGACCCCCUUCUCCCAGAGCCCACAUGUGGACAUCACCACCUUCUCCUCUGCGACCCCCUUUGCUGGCCUUGUUGGCCCUGGCUUGAGGCUGCAGCCAGGGAGAUGUGCCCCUCAGCCUGCGUUUCUUGAUGGAGAGGCUGUGGAUGGGACUGGUGGCCCUGUGUCCCUGCCAGCCCAGGAACGCCUCCUUUACAGUGGAGCCCAGCAGUCCCAGGUCAGGCUCCUGCCCUUUAGCUAACGCCCCUGCCAUCUGCAGGGCUGGCUGUCGUUUCCCCAGUGUCUUUGCUAAGCCUCCAACUCUGAUUUGUGCAACAUAACCAGCCUCAGUUGCUUAUAAGCCUUCUGGUUGUUUCCAUUUGCAGUAUUUUCUGGUGUUGAAUAUAACUGAUCCAGCAGGACCCUCUGGAGAGAGAAGGGAGGAGAGUUUACGUUUCCCCUGGGUAACGCCCAUUGUAAACCAAGGCUGGGUCUGUUCUGCUCAGCCUGUUUGCAGGCCCCUCCUGCAGAUCCCCAGAUCCCAGCUUAGUCAUCGUCCACUGCAUCCAGCGAUGCAGUCCUUCCAUCUUGGGGCUGCGGGAGGAUGGCCUUUGGGGAAGCAUUCACCACCGAGGACUGGGUCACCACCUGAGUGUCCGUCCCAGACAGCAGACAUCGUCCCCACUGCCUCAGAGCUUCCCAGACAGGGGUCCUGCCUCUGCCUUCUCUGCCUGUUGGAGAACCUGGGAAUGAGUCAGGGAUGCUGAGAAGACACCCAAGAGCCCAGGGCCAGAGAAGUACGGUCAUAGCCAAGCAGAAUAGACCAGCGCAUGCUCGAGAGUGAAGAUGAGACCCCACACUGCUUCUGCAGCUCGGCUUCCCCACAAUGGGGCAGAGUGGGCAGGAACAGAGGGAGGUGGGGCGGUGAGAGGGAAGGGAGGUGGGCUGAGGCUUCCCUCUGACUUUCCCCUUUCACCACUGGGUUCAGAGACCCUUUUAGAUAAUGAUCUCUUUAUAAGGCCCUAGAUAAAGGAAGCAGCCAGAGUUACCCAGAAGAUGGUCUCCCAGAGAAAUGCCACUCCUCCCUCCGACUUGCCUGCCUGACCGCCUGCAUCCGUGCCAAUCUCAGAACUGAGGCACGUACAGAAUUCAGAGUCCUAAGUAGUCCCAAAGGGAGGCGGGAAGACUGUAGGGAAUCCAUGGGGCCAAAUGAAUGCCUCUCUGGCCCUUCACUUUCAACUUUAUGCCUGUCCAUCUAUCCAUCCAUCCUUCCAUUGAUUAGUAUUUAAAUUGUGUCCACACUGAGCAAGGGACAGUGUUGGGUGUCAGGAUUCAACGGGGGAUAAACUGCCUUGCUCCAGUGUCAUGUGGAGGGGUCUAAAAGAUGUAGGUCUUAUUAUUCAGGUCUAGCAAGGCCAACCGCUUGGGAGACAUUUGUCAUUGAAAAAAGUUUGCUACUGUUCCUGAGAGGAGGGGGCACACCAAGUUGUGCAGGGUCACACGGGGAUGCACCAGGCUCUGUCAGAAGGCAAGGAGGGCUCAGAUCGUGAGCAGGAGCCUUCAUUGUGGUUUCCUUGGCAAAGGCGAGAAGAUCAGCAGGCCGACUGGCUAGUUGGCAUCUUCUCCUGGACUCUGGGACAUUUGGAUUGUCCCCACUGUCUGGUACCUGGCCCUGGGGUGAUCAGGGCAGGUGGAUAGUGGCCCCGAGUGUGAGAACCUGGUAAGGAGGUGUCACAUAGGUUAUAUGCUCUGGAUUGGCUGGUUUGGAGGAAGCAGCCCUCCCCAGGAGGGACAGCCCCUCCAGGGUCAGCAAGGCCCUGGAUGGCAAAGUAUCAGAAU